GUAUGUACGUUAUGGGUUUCAAAUGAGCGAGUAUAGAUUGGAUUCCAACCAAGACCUCAACAACCACCGUCCAACCACUGCGUAAAGAGCCUACAGUUUCAUGACUGUCCGCUGACAUAAUAGGCGUCUUCACAAAGAGUGAGAGCUUGAUCACAACAUUCAGUUCUCCCACACACCAUCGCCGGCCAUUACGACAUCUAGACUUUUUUUGUUGCUUGAAGAUCGAAAUCACGUGUGGUGGUCUGUGCUCAUUGGUCGCAUCAACCCUCACUUCUGCAAUCUCGAAAAGGCCAAAGUCAAACCUGCUGCGACUUCUUGACAGCGGAACAAUCCUCGACGAGCGCACCGGGGCUGAUCUAUUCUUUGACAUGGCCGGGUACGGAAAAGGGGCUGGAAAGGUCCCUACUGGUUUCGCAGCGGAAACUUUCAUCAGCGAAUCGACAUUUCGCGACGGACACCGAGCCAUCGAAUCGGGUCAAUCCGUGAAUGCCAGGAAGCGGAAGAGAGAGAACAAAGGAGACUCGAGCAUCGUAUCGGGUGCAAGGGCAUACAAGGGACCAUGGGCAAGAUACGAAGAAGAGCGGCCUGAUACAACCGCCGAUGACGAAUUUGGCAGCGACGAAGAGGUGGAGAUAGUGUACGAAGAGGACGAGAUAGAGGAACUGCCUUCAGCUGCACCUGGGAAACUAGCCGGCACAGACUAUGCGGAUACAGACGCACGACCAGAGACCAGCGAAUUCGUGGGGAGUCAAGAGCACGACUACAUGGGCAGGACGUAUAUGCAUGUCCCUACUGAUCUGGAUGUCAAGUUGACUGGUGAUCGUGGCGAUGUGAAAAACUUUGUCCCUAAGAAGCUUAUCCAUACAUACAAGUACCAUACCAAGUCUAUCACACAGGUUCGCUUCUUCCCUGGCAGCGGCCAUCUCCUUUUAUCAGCGUCAGCAGACUCCAAGAUUGCACUGUGGGAUGUGUACCAUCAAAGAGAGCUCUUACGGACGUACUCUGGCCACACAAAGUCUGUGAACGACAUCGACUUCACCCCGGAUGGCACGCAAUUCGUCUCUGCAAGCUACGACCGAUACAUGAAGAUAUGGGACACGGAAACCGGGAAAUGUCUCAACAAAUUCACUACUGGCAAGACACCACACGUUGUCCGUAUCAACCCAAGUACACCACACGAGUUCCUCGCUGGUAUGGCGGACAAGAAGAUCAUGCAGUAUGACACGCGCAGUGGAGAGAUGGUGCAGGAAUACGACCAUCAUUUGGGACCCGUUAACACCAUAACCUUCUGCGAUGAUGACCGUCGGUUUAUCACCACGUCAGACGACAAGUCUCUCCGCGCAUGGGAAUACGGAAUCCCGGUGCCCAUCAAAUUCAUUGCCGAACCGUACAUGUUCUCCAUGGUCCGGUCCUCGCCGCACCCAUCAGGAAAAUACGUCGCUUUCCAGUCAUCGGACAAUCAAAUUACGGUGUAUUCAUCCACGGACCGUUUCCGCCAAAACCGCAAGAAAAGCUAUCGUGGUCACAACGUGGCAGGGUACGCGCCCGACGUGGCCAUCAGUCCCGACGGACAAUACAUUAGUUCGGGUGAUAGCGGAGGGUUCGUUUGCUUCUGGGACUGGAAGACGUGCAAGAUGUAUCACAAGAUCCAAGCAAGCGAUUCACCGGUACUCGCAGUGCAGUGGCAUCCACGCGAGACGUCCAAGCUUAUCACUGGCGAUCUCAAUGGCGCGUUGAAGUUCUGGGACUAG